GAGAGGGAGAGUCUUAUCCCCCUCGCGAGCUGCUCGGCUGCAGAGCGCGCGGAGGACAGGAUGGAGCGGAUGGAGUCCAUGGAGCCGAUCUCUGCGCACUACACCACAGAUUACCCGGAGAUCCAUCCUGAUAGCGGGUUCGAGUCCAGAGAGAGCUGCGACAUCCAGGCGAAGACCCCCCCGCCCGCCACAUAUGAUGAGGAACUGGUGCACAAGACCAUCCUGGUGGGAGACAGUGGAGUGGGGAAGACUUCUCUGCUGGUGCAGUUUGAUCAGGGGAAGUUCAUCCCAGGCUCCUUCUCUGCUACAGUGGGCAUUGGAUUCACGAAUAAAGUGGUGACUGUUGACGAUGUAAAGGUCAAGCUACAGAUUUGGGACACCGCAGGACAGGAGAGGUUCAGAAGUGUGACACAUGCAUAUUACAGAGAUGCUCACGCCCUGCUCCUGCUCUACGACAUCAGCAGCAGAACCUCCUUUGACAACAUAAGGGCGUGGCUAACAGAGAUCCAUGAGUAUGCACAAAGUGAUGUAGUCAUCAUGUUGCUGGGCAACAAGGCUGACAUGAGCAGCGACAGAGCCAUCAGGAGGGAAGAAGGAGAGAGGCUGGCCAGAGAGUACUCCGUUCCUUUCAUGGAGACUAGUGCCAAGACAGGAGUGAACGUGGAGCUGGCCUUCAUUGCUGUGUCCAAGGAGCUGAAGCACCGGGCUGUCCAACAUCCCAAUGAACCCAAGUUCCAGAUCCAUGAGUACAUUGAAGCUCAGAAGGAGAAGUCCGGCUGCUGCAGCUACAUCUGAGUCUCUCUGCUUCUGAGUGGGAGGAAGCCCCAUGAACUAACUGAAGCUCCUAGAAUAUUCUGCUGCCAUCCUUUCACAAGAUAAACCCAGCUACACUCACUUAGCCCAUGGUUUGCUUUAGCCGAGAGCUUUUUACCCCAGGAACAUGUUCAAACUUUGCCUGACUUAGCAUACUCAGCCAUAACCACACUCCAACUGAAAACAAAUCCGAUUUAAAUAAAUUUUCUUAUUUAACUAAUUACAUCAUUAAUGCUUUUUUGAACACAGUUUUUUUGUGUUUGCCUUACAUAGAACUCAGAGUAAAAGUUUUUUUACCUAAUUUAAUGUAUCAUAAAAAGUGUGUUACAAGACACCACUCUGCCAAAGUGCAAGAAAGCUUCAGGCAGUUUCAUAAACCCACACACUUCUGGCAAAGGCCAGAGGAGCACACAGUCUUUGGCAGAUCAGCCUUGAAAAAUGUACAAUUGUACAACCUUGUGUAUUAUGCAAUCUACAGACAGACACACAAAGGCCAUAGAUGCAGUUCAAAGACAUCCCCUUGGACAAAGCCCUGUCUGUUAAUGACGUACAUUCUGUUUUGAUGACGUGACAGUCAGCUGUUGAACGCUGGCUGUGAGGAGAAACGCUCAGGGACCACGAUGCAGGAAGCUAACAUGCUCUGAGCCAGAAGAGUAAGAGCAGCAACUGCUUCUCAACAUGCAGAGGAACCCAAAUGUUCUGGUCUCCUGAAACAUGUCCCUUGCAGAAGAUUGCUGCAUAGGACCAUAACCUGGAUCUCCAGUUUUGCCUAAUAAAUGUACAUUACAUCACA